AUGUACACCAUCCCUUCGGAACGUUUGGAUUUGCGACCCGACGCUGAAGUUGACCGGGUGUUGAUGCAGCAUCGGCCCGUCACGGAUGACAAGAACAUUUGGUUCUACUGGCACGAUGGAUACGAGAACAUGUACCCCACGGCUCAGCGCACUGUCCGCGCAUACCACCGACGCUUCAGCAAGCUUGGUUGGAAAGUACGGCAGAGCGGUCGCACCAUUACACUGGAUGAGGGACGCCGCCUGCUUACGGAUUAUCUCUUCCAAGGGCAGACGAUCAACAUGGUCAUAGGCACGGUCGACGAGGAGGAUCAUUGGAACGGCCCGCAAUACGGCAGGGAUCAUGUUUUCGCCAUCGAUUUCCUAACGGGCAGCCAGUUAAUUAACGAUCUUACUAAUUGGAACGGGCUCCGGCAGUUCCAGCUGUUGUCCUUGAGUCUGCCCGCCGAUGAUGAGGAAGAAACGACGGACCAAAAGGAAGCGAGAGAGGAGAUACACUGGGGACUUUGUGGAAAAACAACGCCGAGAGCGACAAUGUGCCCAAUACGUACGCUCACUGGCUUCGUUACGCGACGACCUACUUCAGUCAGAGGGGCCAGCCCAACUCAGUGGACGUUUUCCUCGCUGAACCAAUCAAGCGAGGCCGUUUACUAG